GCUGGUGUGUGCCCUCAGCAGCGCAGCCCCUGGUUCAGUGCACGGUGCUGGGGGCGCAAGAAAAACAUGGCCUGGCUCUCUGAGAGCCCAAGGUCUGAGGAAGAAGGGGGAAGAGAAAAGGGUUCCUGCUUCAGUGCCUAAGGACCUGCUGUGGGCCCUGGGGUGAUACGUGUCGCCACUGCUGUUCUGGGAGCAUGAAAUUGUCAGGCCUCAGGUAGGCACUAACACAACACACAACACUGCUUCUGGCCUUCUGGAGAAAUUCCUUGUCUCAGGGGAUGGCAGCUAUGAAGUAUGAGGGGUAAGAGGACCUGGAGAUCCCGGAAGAGCUUCCUCUGUGACAUGGGUUCAGCGAGUUGCUAAGUCAACUCAAGUAAGGUAGCUUUUGUGCUUUGGCUGAUAGCAGGGGCAGAUGAGGGCUCAGGGGGAGGUUAUGGAAAAGGACUUGCCCUCGGUGCUGGGCUCGUCCUGGUGGUUGCCAAGUUAAGGAGGGAAGCUCCAAACACUGGAACUAGGGUCUCUGGGGCCUGAAAUGAAACGAUCAGAACACCAGGGCUUUCCAUGGCAGGCUGAAAGCUGAGAGUGGGUGGAGAGUAACCCAUCUGGCUCUAAAUGCUUGUCUGUUUUUCAGGCUAAUGGCUCAACUUCUGUUUCAUCCCUCAUUUGCCCUGUAGUCUUCUAAGCCUUCCCCCUUCAGCUCAGAAGAUCUUAGGCAGCUUGGAGUCACAGUCCCCACAUUUUCCAACAGCAGAUAGAAACUCACUUUCAUCCAUCUCCAGAGGUCUGUGACAGAGAAGCUUCAGGUUUGUGUUAAUGGUGCCCGGGGGCCUUGGGGCUUUGAUUAUUUCCUUUACUGUCUGCAGCCAUGGCUCAGAGACAUGUUGGGGUUCCUGGGACCAGUGCGGAGGUGGAGGUGACCCCUCAUGGGCUUCUAGAGGAGGCUGUCUAUGGGCCUCUUCAGCUGGAUAACCCUUGGCCAGCUGACCUCUCUCUCAGGUACAGCACUGGACUCUACCCAUGGUCCCCUACUCUCUCAGCAGGACAUGAGCUCCUCUGGGAAGCUGGUGGGGAAGAAGGAAGCCUGCUCUUCUGAUAGUGGCUGAUCCCUUUCACUCUCCUGAAGGGAUGGAGUGGGGUGUGGGCAGACCAUUCCUGCCUGUCUCCAGCCCCCUUGCCCCUCCCUUCAGCAUUGGCCUAGCACCCUCACUUGUGCCAGAUCACCCAGGAUACCGAUGGCCGCUACUCCCCUGGUUUCUUCUGUCCUGGGCUCCUUGAUACUCCGAGGAAGCCUACUGCUGCCCCCUGCUGGCUGCAAGGGGCUCUUGCUGCUCCGGGGCUGAAUUUGAGGCCGUACACCAGGUCAACCUAUCCGCCCUUCCGCCUCGCCCAUCCGCAGGUGAAAACUCCAACCCCAGAGCCAUGGGAGCACGUCCCUGGAGUUCCAGGAUGUGGGGCUCUGUUCGGGGCUCUGUUCCUAAAUCUCGGGUUGGAAGGUUUGUAGCUUACAGACUAGUGGAAAGACAGACCUCAAAUAAAAUCACGUAUACAUAAGAUCGCAAACAAUUCUGCAAAGAAGGAGGCUAUGAAAGCUGGUAACGGGGAGCCAUGCGUGUGUUGUGGGGCAGGGGUCAAAACUGAGAAGGUCUUGUAUUUCGUGUGUUGUCGGGGUUUGCAAUCCUGGAUCUGUCCAUGGAUGGCUUCAGGGUGCCUGUGAGUCCCCUGAAUUUGUGUUUACAAACUGUGCCUUUAUCUGCGAAGCGGGCCUGUAACCCACAGGCUGCACCAGAGAGACCCAGCAUCCUGAUACUGUGCCCUUUCCCACAGGAGCCCGGGCCUGCUCCUAGCGCUGGACCUGUACAGCCUGCUGCUCGCGGCCCUGGUAGCUGUAGAGGUCGUGCACUUCUGUCGCGGUCGGGGCCUGGGCUGGGGCCACCACGGCACUCCCUCUGGUCUCAACGGAAAGAGACUAGGCGCGCCCGGGACUUUUCUGCGCCUGCGGAGCCGGCCGAGCGCCCCGCCCCCCGCCGGAGCGCGCACGCCUUGGCCCCGCCCCUCGGUCACCGCCUCUGACGCAGGACUGGGGCGGGGCAGCCGACGGCGCAUUCCGAAGCCUGGACCCACCUAGCCAGAGCUGCGCCCGCGCUGACUCGGGACGCCCUCCUCAAUGACUGCCAGCUCCGUGGAGCAGCUGCGGAAGGACGGCAACGAGCUGUUCAAAUGCGGGGACUACGAGGGCGCCCUGACGGCCUACACCCAGGCCCUGGGUCUGGGCGCGACGCCUCAGGACCAGGCCAUUCUGCACCGCAACCGGGCUGCCUGCCACCUCAAGCUGGAAGAUUACGACAAAGCAGAAACCGAGGCAUCCAAAGCCAUUGAAAAGGACGGUGGGGAUGUCAAAGCUCUUUACCGGCGGAGCCAAGCCCUCGAGAAGCUGGGCCGCCUCGACCAAGCUGUCCUUGACCUGCAGAGAUGUGUGAGCCUGGAGCCCAAGAACAGAGUUUUCCAGGAGGCCCUGCGCAACAUCGGGGGCCAGAUUCAGGAGAAGGCACUGCCCUCGGCACAGGUGCCACCCCUGCUGCCCAAGCGGGAAGUCACUCAGAGAGGAAAACAGCCACGGGAAGCUCAAGAGAAGCUGCCGAGCGAGUCCCUUCCUGCCCGAGGUAGCUUGGUGCCAGCCGUGCGAUACAUGUCUUCUACGGAUGCCAAAGUGGAACAGAUGUUUCAGAUCCUAUUGGACCCACAAGAGAAAGGCACUGAGAAGAAGCAGAAGGCCUCUCAGAACCUGGUGGUGCUGGCCCGGGAGGAUGCUGGGGCUGAGAAGAUCUUCCGGAGCAAUGGGGUCCAGCUCUUGCAACGCCUGCUGGACACAGGAGAGACGGACCUGAUGCUGGCAGCUCUGCGCACGCUGGUCGGCAUUUGCUCCGAGCACCAGUCACGGACUGUGGCGACCCUGAGUGUGCUGGGAACUCGGCGGGUCGUCUCCAUCCUGGGCGUGGAAAACCAGGCUGUGUCCCUGGCUGCCUGCCACCUGCUGCAGGUGAUGUUUGAUGCCCUCAAGGAAGGCGUCAAGAAAGGCUUCCGAGGCAAAGAAGGCGCCAUCAUCGUGGAUCCCUCCCGGGAGCUGAAGGUCCUCAUCAGUAACCUCUUAGAGCUACUGACUGAGGUGGGGGUCUCAGGCCAAGGCCGAGACAACGCCUUGACCCUCCUGAUUAAAAUGGUGCCCCGGAAGUCUUUUAAGGACCCCAACAACAGCCUCACCCUCUGGGUCAUUGACCAAGGUUUGAAAAAGAUUCUGGAGGUGGGGGGCUCUGUGCUGGAGCCUCCUGGGGAGCUCAGGGUGACAGCAAACAGCCGCAUGAGUGCCUCCAUUCUCCUCAGCAAGCUCUUCGAUGACCUGAAGUGUGAUGCCGAGAGGGAGAAUUUCCACCGACUGUGCGAAAACUACAUCAAGAGCUGGUUUGAGGACCAAGGGAUGGCCGGGAAGCUGCGGGCCAUCCAGACGGUGUCCUGCCUCCUGCAGGGCCCAUGUGACGCCGGCAACCGGGCCCUGGAGCUGAACGGCGUCAUGGAGAGCGUGAUCGCUCUGUGUGCCUCUGAGCGGGAGGAAGAGCAGCUGGUGGCUGUGGAGGCCCUGAUCCACGCGGCUGGCAAGGCCAAGCGGGCCUCGUUCAUCACCGCCAACGGCGUCUCGCUGCUGAAGGACCUAUACAAGCGCAGCGAGAAGGACAGCAUCCGCAUCCGGGCGCUGGUGGGACUCUGUAAGCUCGGCUCGGCUGGAGGGACUGACUUUAGCAUGAAGCAGUUUGCUGAAGGGUCCACUCUCAAACUGGCCAAGCAGUGUCGCAAGUGGCUGUGCAAUGAGCAGAUUGACGCGGGCACUCGGCGCUGGGCAGUGGAGGGCCUGGCCUACCUCACCUUUGACGCCGACGUGAAGGAAGAGUUUGUGGAGGACGAGGCCGCCCUGAAGGCUCUGUUCCAGCUCAGCCGGGCCGAGGAGAGGUCGGUGCUCUUUGCGGUGGCCUCGGCGCUGGUGAACUGUACCAACAGCUACGACUACGAGGAGCCCGACCCCAAGAUGGUGGAGCUGGCCAAGUAUGCCAAGCAGCACGUGCCCGAGCAGCACCCCAAGGACAAACAGAGUUUCGUGCGGGCUCGGGUGAAGAAGCUGCUGGCAGCGGGUGUGGUGUCCGCCAUGACGUGCAUGGUGAAGACCGAGAGCCCCGUGCUGACGAAUUCCUGCAGAGAGCUGCUGUCCAGGGUUUUCCUGGCUUUGGUGGAGGAGGCAGAGGACCGCGGCACUGUGGUCGCUCAGGGAGGGGGCAAGGCUCUGCUCCCGCUGGCCCUGGAAGGCACUGACGUGGGGCAGACAAAGGCAGCCCAGGCUCUCGCCAAGCUCACCAUCACCUCCAACCCAGAGAUGACCUUUCCUGGAGAACGGAUCUAUGAGGUGGUCCGGCCCCUUGUCUCCCUGUUGCACCUCAACUGCUCAGGCCUGCAGAACUUCGAGGCGCUCAUGGCUCUAACGAACCUGGCGGGGAUCAGUGAGAGGCUCCGGCAGAAGAUCCUGAAGGAGAAGGCUGUGCCCAUGGUCGAGGGCUACAUGUUUGAGGAGCACGAGAUGAUCCGCCGGGCGGCUACGGAGUGCAUGUGCAACUUGGCCAUGAGCCAGGAGGUACAGGACCUCUUUGAAGCCGAGGGCAAUGACCGGCUAAAGCUGCUGGUGCUGUACAGUGGGGAGGACGACGAGCUGCUGCGGCGGGCGGCCGCCGGGGGCCUGGCCAUGCUCACCUCCAUGCGGCCCUCGCUGUGCAGCCGUAUCCCCCAAGUGACCACACACUGGCUGGAGAUCCUGCAGGCUCUGCUUCUGAGCCCCAGUCAGGAGCUGCAGCACCGGGGUGCCGUGGUGGUGUUGAACAUGGUGGAGGCCUCGCGUGAGAUCGCCAGCACCCUGAUGGAGAGCGAGAUGCUGGAGAUCCUAUCAGUGCUGGCCAAGAGCAAGGAGGGCCCUGUCACAACGGCGGCUGCAGCUUGCCUGGGGAAAGCAGUGGAAUAUGGGCUCAUCAAACCCAACCAGGAUGGAGAGUGAGGGGCUUUCUCAUGCACACGCCACCUGUUGCAGCACAGGGAACGAGGACAUGCAGCUUUGGCUGGUAGUGGCUCAGAUGCUGAGCACUCUGGCCUCACCUUGCCAGUUGCCCUUUGAUGUCCUCUGUUCUGAAUCAGCGGCCACGUUCACCACAGCCCUGCUCUGCCAGCACUGCCUCCAGCCUCAUGCAACAGGGCUUUUCUGGUACUACUGUAGACAGCUGGGAGUGGGGAAGCUGAGCCUGUGGGUUCCGGCACUGGGAAGGGCACACCGAGCAGCCUCACCAGCUAUGAGCAUCACCCAAGCCUCCUAGCAGGACUGUCCCAACCCUCUAAUAAAAGUGUGUGGAACUCA